UGGUAAUCUGGGGCGGUAUCUGUGAAAUAUGCAAUAAAAACGGUUCCGUUCAAGCCUCAGACAGAAUGUCAUAUUAAACUUAUAAUCAAUACACUGUUAUAGGCCUGUUAAAGUUAGACUUUGUUAUUCUGCCUGUACUUAUAGACUGUACUUUACAGUAUUUAUUUUAAGGUAAAAAGAUACUCCUAAAUAAAGUGAUGUACCUGCUGCCAGGUGUGUGCGCUCUAGUGGCGCUAUUAUCGCAUUCUGUUACAGCGGAGGAGAAUUCGGACUUCUGCACCAGUGGAUCUGAUAACUGCGAUAAGUGGACUGAAACAUCUCACGAUGAACCUCAAAAUACAGAUGGUGUCAUCACGUAUGAGCAGUUGAAGGACAUGUUGUCCACUGGACGUGUCCAGCUCUUCGAUGUGCGUGAACCAGAUGAGUUUGAAGGAGGUUUCAUCCCAGGAGCCACCAACAUUCCUUUGGCAGAGGUGGAGCAGGCCCUCAGACUGAGCCCACAUCAAUUUAGAGAGCGUUAUGGGGUUGCCAAGCCUCAAAUAGAGGACUCAGACUUUGUGCUAUAUUGUCAAAGGGGGCGACGCAGCCUCACUGCACUGAAGACAGCAUGGGCUCUUGGCUACACAAGGGCUCGUCAUUACGCUGGCGGAUAUAAUGAGUGGCUUCAGCGUGAAGCUCAAUAAGCAACGAGGGUCAAGGCUGAAACUUCACAACAAUUCACCAAUCCAGCAACAUUAAGCCUGUUUCAGCUCAGUGAAGGAAUGCAAACAACAAAAGUAUUGAAAUUACAGCACAAACCAAAGAUGUGUUAUACAUAAUAUUUCAUAUGUCGUCUCUAUAUAUUUUUGCAAAAGCGCAGUAAAUAUUGCAUUGUUUAUGA